CCUGAUUUUCACGGCUUUUUCGCUUCCCUUAACUCCACUUUUCCAGGAAUCUGUCCUUCCUGAAAGAAGAAAAUGACCAAGUUCCAGGAACCAGUAGCAUUCACGGAUGCCUCUGUGGCCUUCACCAAGAAAGACUGGGGCUGCUGGACUCUGUUCAGAGGAAGCUGCACGGAGCUGUGAUGCUGGAGAACUCCCGCCCCUUGGUCUCAGUGUCUUCUGUUCGCAGCAUGAUACUGGAGUGUGCCACCCUCAGCUGACGCUCCGUCCUUUUUUGAUGCAUGUGUAUUCAGCUUACAGGGGACAUCUCUGCUGACUGGGCUUGGGAUGAAUCUAAUAAGAACCCAGAUGGAGACUUGAAUGAAAAUUUUGUGGAUAAUGAAGAUAAAGUACUUACAUUAUCUAUUACCUCAAGAGCUUUCCUGCUGGCAAAUUUUGGAAGAGGUGGCUUAGUACAGUAAUGAGGAGUCAGAAUUAAAUUGUGAAUAUUCAAAGGGGAGGUGUAAGUAACCCUCAACUGGAUCUUUCUACUUGUCAGAGUGGAGAAAAGUAUCUUCUCAUAUUUCCAGGAACCCACAAGCAGGGUGGUGACUCUUCAGAGUGAUGAUUUUAAAAAAACAUGGAGAGUGAAGAAUAUUCAUCUUUGAAAGUCCCAAUCCAAAUGGCCACCCAGUACCCCUCAUUCUGUAAGAAUGAGCCCCAGGAUCCUCAGGAAAGCAAAAGUCUGUUUGUAACUGAAGAAAGCACUGAGAGGAAAGUGACAGAGGGAAAAAGUCCUCCCAUUGAGCACUGUUCAGAGAACCUUCAAGAUAAACUUGUGGCUGAUGUAAAAGAAGUGGUCUUGCCAUUGUUCAAAGGGGAGACAAUUUGCCAUAUUGGCCAGUUGAAAGAAUCCUUGGAGCCCUUUGACUAUAACCACAGAGACGUUUGCGGUUGGAAAUCCCGGGUGGCCAGUCAUCGUCAUCAGAGAGCUCAUACAGAGGAGAAGCCCUGUAGCCAUCAAGACUGUGGGAAAACACGUACCGCCAGCCCAGGUGGUCACCCUGGUGAGAAAAUCCGCCCUUCAGAGAAGGUGUACAGAUGUAGUCAGUGUGGUAGGGACUUCAGUGAGCGUUCAGAGCUAGUCCUUCAUCAGAGGGACCACACUGAAGAAAAGCCCUACAGAUGUGAUCAGUGCGGGAAGGGCUUCACAAGGAGCUCGAGUCUCCUCAUCCACCGUGAAGUCCACGCAGAUGAGAAGCCUUACAAGUGCGAUAAGUGUGGGAAGGGCUUCACCAGGAGUUCAAGUCUGCUCAUUCAUCACUCAGUCCACACAGGUGAGAAGCCUUAUAAAUGUGACAAGUGCGGGAAGGGCUUUACUCAGAGCUCCAAACUGCACAUCCACCAGCGAGUGCACACCGGCGAGAAGCCCUACGAGUGUGGGGAGUGCGGUAUGAGCUUCAGUCAGCGCUCCAACCUGCACAUCCACCAGCGCAUCCACACAGGGGAGAGGCCCUACAAGUGUGGGGAGUGCGGAAAGGGCUUCAGUCAGAGCUCAAACCUUCACAUCCACCGCUGUUCACACACGGGGGAGAAGCCUUACCAGUGCUACGAGUGCGGGAAGGGCUUCAGCCAGAGCUCAGACCUCCGCAUCCACCUGCGAGUCCACACUGGGGAGAAGCCCUAUCACUGCGGCAAAUGUGGGAAGGGCUUCAGCCAGAGCUCCAAACUCCUCAUCCACCAGAGAGUCCACACCGGAGAGAAGCCCUACGAGUGCAACAAAUGUGGGAAGGGCUUCAGCCAGAGCUCCAACCUCCAUAUCCACCAGCGGGUCCACAGGAAAGAUCCCCAUUAAAUGAGGUCUUCAAUCAUAUGCUCUUACUCCAAAGACUCCAAUAUUUCUAACAUCACUCUUACUUUCACAUUCUCAGGAUAUAGUAAGAGUUAUUCAGAUAUGUUCCCUCACUGAAAGUCAUUCACUUAAGGUAUUUAAGUACCAAGCACUUUGUUAUGCUACACAGUGAAUUGAUUGUUCUUGUUGCUCAGAUGGGUAGAGUGAAAAUGUCUGUACUUUGCCAUUCAGCCAGUGUUACUAGAGCUACAUAUCCUACCCAGCAUUUCUAAGUGCAAGAAACUUAUAUUUGUCUAAGCAGAACGUGUUUCCUUUGUUAACACUCUCUGAGAAUCUGGAACUUUGGCUUUCUCUUCAAAUCGUGUGCCUUGUGUUUUUCAUAUUUCCUUCCAGCCCUGAGUAGCCCUCUUUAAAUUAUGAUUGCACAGUAUGUUUUAAUAUUUGCUAUAACCCCCAAAAGUCAUUUGCUUUUGCAGCAUUGUUACUGAGCCAGACUUGGGUCUUCUUGGCCAAGCAGAGUAAAGCCAAUCUACUGACACUGGCUUGUAAAGAAAGUGCACCAUUUAUUGCAGGGCACCAAAGGAGUCCAAGCAGCUAGUGCUCUUCAGACCCAAACUGAUGGCUUUCAGGGAAACAUAAGGUGAGGAACAGGGGACUCUGGGGUGCAUGAUCAGCUCAUGGACAUUCUUCUCAUUGGCUGAUGGUGAGGCAAUUAGGAGUCAACAUCAUCAACCUUCUGUUUCUAACCCAUCUGGGGUCUGCUUGCAAACAGUUAACCUCUUGCAUCUGGUGGCAGUUUCAGUAUCUGCAAAACAACUCAAAGGACAUGGCUCAGAAUAUUAUCUGUAUUCUGGAGGAAUUACAGGUCCUUGCUUCACUUAAUAGCUAAACUAUUAUUGUUUUGUUUUGCUUAACAUUUUCCCUUUCUGUCUGCAUUUUCUCUCUUCUCUGAUUAAAUUUACACUUUGGAACUUGGGGAAGGCUUGGAGAGUAUGUUUUGAGAUGACAAGGCUUAAAAUAUGUACUCUAUUACACAUAAUUCAAUUGGGGUAUGGAGCUAGGACACCUCAGAGGGUUAAGGAUCAUCUCCUAGAAGUUAAAACAAGAAGCUUGUAAAAUUGUUGAGAGAAAAUUGAUUGUUUUUUAGUGAAUACAUAAGUAAAGCAGAAGUUACUAUACAAUGAACUAAUUGCAACCCUGAUUUUCUAAACAAUGACUGAUUCCCCAAGUGGUACUUAAGAGGCUCCCUAGUCACCUAUAUUUUAGUUAGUCACCAGUGACUAGUAUCCAUACAUGAAAAAAUGGUGGGGAAAAUAUAGAUGCAAUAUUUAUUACCUUGAGGAGGUGGGGUUAUAACUGGUACAUCCUGAUCAAAGGUAACCUGAAGCAGUUAACUGGACUUGGAUAACAGGAAAGUGACAUGUUAAAUUUAGAGGAAGUGUAGCUAAUGUCUAAUAAGAAAUGGAGGAAGGUGACAGAUUGAGACUUGCUUUCCUUCAAGAGACAAUCCCAGAAUAUUUGACUCCAACUCAGAGGCACCCACAUAAAAUGAUUAGGGUAGUGACUGAGCAUCUGCACUUCGGCACUGCAACAUACCCUCACUAGUUUGGAAACCAUAAGAUGGUAUCACAACUGAUGUGAUUCUGCUUUGGUGAUCUCUAGAAUUACGAAUCCCUCCAAGUUCCUCCUGGUCUCAUAAGAUUAUAUGUGAACUUUCUUCUGGAUUUGACUCUUUGUUUGUCACAUAUGUCUUCUAAUUGGCUGAUAGAUAUAAUCUGUUUGGGACUUAGAGCCAAAUAUGAUCAUAAGAAUCCAUGUGUAGUGAGUCCAGAGAGUAGAUCUAAAGUCCAAGUCUCAUAUGGUUAUAAACUAGCCUGUUUUCCAAGUCUCCUUUUAUACAUACCUUAAUUUAGCAAUGUUUUUUAACUCUGUUUAGCUUUUAUUGUUAUCUUUUAAGCAUUAACUUUCUUAAUACAAUUGAAAUGUGGUCAGAGUCCUUGGGAAGCAUUUUGCUGAUUGUGGUAAGGAAGUUUGGAGAGAAAGUCAGAAAAAGGAACUUGUGCAUGAAAAUGCAGGAAAAGGAGCCUUCCUGAUGACUCAGUGAUAGAGAAUCCGCCUGCCAAUGCAGGAGACAUAAGUUCAAUCCCUGAUCGGAAAAUAUCCCACAUGGCUUGAACCAACUGAGCCUGUGCUCUAGAGCCCAGGAGCCCCAACUACUAAGCCCACAACUACUGAAGCCUGCAUGCCCUAUUGCCUGUGUUCUGUAACAAGAGAAGCCACAGCAAAUGAGAAACCUUCAAACUGCAACUAGAGAGUAGCCUCUACUCACUGCAACUAGAGAAAAGUUCACACAGCAAGGAAGACCCAGCACAGCCAAAAAUAAACAAAAUUAUUUUUUUAAAAAUGCAGGAAGAACAACAGGGCAUGUCUCACAUUUCAUCAAGUCCUAAAGAUGCCAUAGAUUGACAAAGAGAAAACACUUUGUUAAUUUUUAAGACAUCCCAACUUCAGACAUGUGAAAAUGAAAAAAAACAGAUGUGUUACAAAAUGGUUCUUUUUCAGAACUCAAAGGUUGUCCUAAGAUUGAUCCUUUACUGGUACCUGAACAAAGACCUUUGGAAAAUCUCAGCAAUUGUAUUCGAUUGAUAAUUCCAUCACAAAUUUGGCAAAGAAUCUAGGUUACAGAUUAAAUUCUUAAAAUUCUUACCUA